AUGCAGGACAUUACCAGCAUGCAGAAUGAAAUCAGAGCUGUGAAAUCGGAGAAAUGGCUUCUUCUCACUGAAAUAGACUCAUUUCGUCGCCCUUAUCCUCUCCAACCGCAAGUGGGAAACGCAUUUUCAUUCCAUUUCACGUUCUCUGCACUCACACACUCUCUCUCCUUGAUCUCUAUCUCACACACAGAAAGAACAACAAUUUGUCUAUCUUUUUAG